UUAUAACAUUCGAGCGGUACACACACCCACACAAACAUCUGACAAUAUUACAAUUUGGCGAACAUUUAUACAAAUUCAAAAGUGAGCAAGCAAUUUGAUAAAUUACCACCAAAAUGCAUAUGCUGUGUGAGCGUGUGUCCGCGAUCUGUGCGGGUGCCAUUGUGGGCAUGUGGUAUGCCAAGACCUUUCCCGCGGAAGAGAAGAAGGGCAAGGGUGACGACAAGAAGAAGAAGUAAUCGAAACACACUUCCUUUCCACCGUGAGACUUACUCCAGAACCAUCAACUAUUAUUGACUGCUUGGGCUUGGGCCAAUCAAUGGAACUAAGUCGUCGAGA